AUGGGGCAGCAGUUCAGCUGGGAGGAGGCCGAGGCGGCUGGUGAACUGGAUGUGGCUGAGCUGCAGGACUGGUACAAGAAGUUCGUGGUGGAGUGUCCCAGUGGCACACUCUUCAUGCACGAGUUUAAGAGCUUCUUCAAGGUCGAAGGCAAUGGGGAGGCCAUGAAGUAUGUAGAAGGAUUUCAAGCCUUUGACAGGAAUGAGUUAAGAGGGGUGCAGAAGGGGUCUCAGUCCUCUCUCCCCCAGAACAACACUAUCGACUUCCGAUAUGUAGCAGCCCUGAAGCUCGUGCCGAGGGGCACCCUGGAACACAAGCCGAAGUGGACCUUUAAGAUCUAUGACAAAGGGGACCACAAUGGCUGCAUUGACCAUCAGGAGCUUCUGGACAUUGUGGAGGCAAUUUGUAAACUGAAGAAAGCCUGCGGGCUGGAGCUGCACACACAGCCAUCCUCCCAGCUGCUCACGCCGGAGGAGAGGGUGGAUAGAAUCUUCCUCCUGGCGGAUGACAAUGGAGAUGGCCAGCUGUCUCUAAGUGAAUUCAUUGAAGGCGCCCGUCGGGACAAGUGGGUGAUGAAGAUGCUGCAGAUGGAUCUGAACCCCGGGGCUUGGAUCUCCCAGCAGAGGCGGCAGAGCGCCAUGUUCUGA